ACAGGACACGAGCGUGUUAGCCUGUUGUCAGUUUUCAGAGAUAGGUGGCAGUUUGAGAGAAUUGAGGCGGAAAACCUUGCUACUAAGUUGGUAGCCAUAAUAUUAUUAACCGAUGCUUGAAUUAAUAUUUUGGUUUGUAAACCGACAAUAAGAUGUAGAGUUCAUAGUAGUUUACUAUUGUUGAUGGUUCUGGCCGAACUUCUGUCCAGAAGACACGAAAAAGAGCAUGAUCGUCACAAAAGAAAUUAUUCUCUCUGCAGCGGAGACAAGAGUGCUGUGGAUAAGCUAACGUUAUUCAUGUCAAUCACUAGCUUUGCUGCUAGCUAGUUUGUAGGUUUCGUUUAUAGACUAAGUUUCAAGGAAACUUAAAAUAAAAACUUAACGUUUAGAUAGCAAGCGAAUGCUUUUAUACGGAGAGGCGAAACACUGGCUAGCUAACUUUUAAGCUCGGUCUUGAGAAGUUGCGUGUGUUCCGAUUCAAGUAGCCUUCGGCGAGGAUGUCGUGCCGUAGCGGAAUGGGGGUGAUAAGGGGGGGCACCACAGGUCUACAACCUCUAAGAGCCACGGUUCCAUUCCAGCUACAUAACAAAACGCAGCCGGGCCCGAGAGAUGCCAAGACAGCUGAGAAGACCAAAUUGCGACCCGCAAAACCAAGCAUCCGUCGUACACUGUCUCUUGACACCAUCGUUGGACCCUACCUGCAGGGCCAGUGGCCAAAGGAGCUGGACAGCCAGGGGAUCUACUGCAUGAACGACAAGGCCACACAGACGCCCUCUUCGUGGACAGAGGAAGUUCAGGGCAAAAGGGCGGGCGGGGUGCACAAGCGCUCCGCUUCCUGGGGCAGCGCCGAGCACCUAAGAGAGAUCGCUAAGCUGAAACAGCAGCUGCAGCAGCGCUCCAAGCAGGGGUCCCGCGGGGGCCGCGACAGAGAGCGGCACCCCCCGCCCCUAUCUGGGAGCCAUUCCCCCGGGGCCACGCAGACGAUGCCCCUGCCCAUACCCCUGACGCCCCUCAGCAAGCUGACGCCCCGCCUGCGCCACAGCGUGGAGGGGCUCAACCAGGAGCUGGAGGGGGUGUUUGUGUGCGGGACGCCUGACGAGCAACACCGGUUUCUGGAAGUUCCAGAUGGCCACAAAGCCCCCGUGCCCCCCCAGAGUUGCAGCAGCGGCGGGUCCCAGAGCGACCCCUCCCCUGCGCUCCUCUCGACGCCCUCCUCCCCGUGCUCCUCCCUCUCCCCCUGCGCCCUCGGGGACGUGGCCACGGAUACGGACACGGACGCGGAGCUCAUUGGCUGCGGGAUGCUGUGCCCGUCGCCUUCGCCGCCCCUGAGCAGCGCGGAGCCCUCCCCCCUGGAGCUGUCCUCCUCCCCGCGGCCCAACAAGAGCUACUCCUUCCAGAGGGAGCCCCCCGAGGGCUGUGAGAGAGUGCGCGUCUGCGAGGAGGCCCUCUCUCCCUGCCUGGGCCAGGCCUCCUUCCUCUCGUCCUGUCCCGACCCCAACAAGGUGAACUUCACCACCCACGGAGGCUCGGCCUUCUGCCCCGUCAGCCUGCUGAAGCCUCUCCUCCCCUCCAUGGACAUCUUGUUCCGAAGCCUCUCCGUCUCUCCCGUCACCGGCUGCUCGGGGCAGGGCGGGGCCGCCUACCAGCCGGCCCCGCCCGGGGUGGGUGUGUACCUGGGCCCCCUCUCAGACUCUGCCACCACUGCCAUGUAAGGGGGCACGCCCUUGGGAGAGAGUAGACAAACGGCAAGGGUGGAGAGUCUACUGUUGGUUAUGAGUGCGAGUGCCUCCCUGCGUUCCGUCUCAUCACCAGUUGGUUUGACAAUGCAUCAAGGACUUCCUGAUCGCUUGAGAAUGAUUGUGGCUCCAAAAAAGUGUUCUGGGGAGGGGGGUGGGGAUGGGGAUGGGGAGUUACCAUAAUGAUCAGGAAAAACUGUCUCACUUCUGAGUUGCCUCCACAGUUUUUUUCUGAGAUGACACCAAAGCCACUGUGCUCUGCCUCUGUCGAGCCCACCAGCAGAAUUGACCAAUGAAGGAUUUAUCAGGGAAUUUGUUUGAUUGCCAUACUCCCCCCCCCCCUUGCAGAAAGAAAAAAAAAAAAGAAAAAAGGUUGUUAUUCGGUCAUCAAGUUUUCCAUCAUCGGUUCGAUGACGGUUUCUUAAUUUCAGUUCAUGUUCCCUUUUAGAGAAAAGGGCAGUGGAUGAGAACUUGCUUCCCUGUAUUGCCAUUGCCACGUGCACUUCCAUCCAGUGCACGUGGCAGAUGGCCCUUGACUCAGUUUGUGGGCCUUUAGACAAGCUGGUCUGAUACGGAUAGCCGAGGAACUGACUUUUUUUUUGAGACUCCUAUUUUCUUCAACGAAAAUACUGGACUAUUGGGUAGGGGAUAUCUCUCACCCCGUAGCUGUGUGAAGAUUUCUGAACAAUGGUACGGAGGACAUGCUCUCCUAGACUAUUUUUCAGUUGCUUUGGAAUGAUGGAAACUGAAAACUUGUGGAAACCACUUUGUUGAGUUGUUAGGAUGGUUUGAUUAGCACUUCUAGAGGAAAGCUUUCCUCAUUGGCUGGUACUUUAGCUUGGCCAGGGGAGUCCCUGAGACUUAUAUAGACUGAGCUCUUAUAUCUUUCUGCAUCGUGCCUUUUGAUGCCUGAAUCUUUGAUCACAUUGCACAUGAUCAUUCAUAGCUAGAUCAUUGUGAAAAUUUAAGAGAGCAUGGUGUUGGAUGAGCUUCAUCCAAAAACGUAUAACAAUUCAAUUGCUCAAGUUUCACUUAAUACAGUAACAAAAUAGUGGAAGAGAAUUAUUAAGAAGCUAUUUUCCCUCAUGAAUUUCCUGUCUUGUUCCCUGUUUUGAUCCGUUUCAGGUUUCUUUUGGUUGCACUGAUUCUCAUUUUGAAAGUUGUAGUACCAGAGCUGAAUCUUUUAAUGCCAUUUCAGUGUUUAAACAGGUAGCCCUUGGCUCUGCAUUUACUGCAACCUCACUUAUUAGGAUAUCUCUGGUACCUAACAGUUUAUUGGCACCAAUAUGCCUCUUUGAGGGGUGUUUUCUUAUGGUGAGUAAAACCUUUGAAUCAUUUAUAAUCCUAUCAAAUGUGUAAAAACAUUUAAAUGAUCUUUUCAAAUGGGGGGACAAAGACCAUAGAUGCCAAAUCUGGCCUUUUUAAUAUCUAAAGCUAAUAUUUAUUUAGGAUCUUUGGCUGAAAAGAAACGUGCACAUUCUUUUUCCUUUUCCUACAUCACGCAACACGUAUAGUGAUGGAUAGUCCUCUGCAUUAAAAAAUAGGCAGUAGUGGUCAUUAUUUUUUGUCCAUUUUAAUAUUUGCAACACUACCAUUCCAUUAAGGUGGUGAAAAGCAUAAAUUAUUGUAUGCAUUUCAAUGAAUUUAGUACAGCAGUACUUUAUGAAGUGCUUUUUUUGUGAAGAGCUAUAUGAAUUGCAUUGUCCUACUGAAGGUGGGAAGCAGUUGGCUGAGUUGAAAGUUUUGGUUAAAAUGUUUUGCCUUGCUGUCGAGUCCAGGUUGUGUUUUGUCAAACAUUGCCUUGAUGAAGAAAACCUUUUGAAGGGGCAUUUAUGGCAUUCUUUUUAUUAUAAGGAGUUUCAAAGCGUCCAGCAUGUGCUGUGUUCUUAUGCAAGGACCAGACUUUGCUGACUUGAUCUGUUGAAAUAAGAGCAUAUGGAUUUGUAAGGAAUUUCAGAGUUCAGAGCAGCAUUGAAAACUUAAGUGGACUCAAUACACACAAUUUAACUGUGUGUAUGGAGUGUGGUCUUCUACUCUGUUGUGAAUGUACUUCAGUAAUUUUUCAUGUUUGAAUCAUUCAUGUUUUUAUUCUCUGCCAAGUGUAUAGGGAGAUUCGUUUUGAAUAGAAAUAUUAACUGUCUUUUUUUAAAGGUAGAAGAAUAAAAUGUUUGCACAAAGGAUUGUUGAGGUAGCAGUUCCUAUUUUCAUAGUUCACUCCAGUUUACCAGUGGAGUUAGGUGGAGGAAUGUAUUGUAGUUCUAUCUUCAAAUAUAUACUAUAUAAGCUAAAGUCAUAACAAUAGGGAUCAUUUUAGUUUAUUUUCACGUUUGUCUUUACAAGUGAUCUGAGAGAAUUGAGUUUUUUGUUUUGUUCUACAUUUCUAAGUGGGUGAGGCAGGGAGUUAUUUGAGUGUGUUUGUAUAUGUAUGACUGUAUUCUACUAACCUUACAGAAUUUCAUUAUGAAGCAAAAGCUUAACAUGUAAGGGAUUUUUGAUGUAUGGUGUAGACUGCAUGACUGAGGCUAAGAAAUUAGCCUAGUUGGCGUAGAAUAGAAAUUGGGUUGAUUUGAAUUCUGGGCCAUCAGAAUCUGCAGAAGGUCAGAAUGUUGGUGAUCAAUCAGUUCAUAAGUUUGGGCCCUGAACAGGCUACGAGUGUGCUUUUUUUGUUUGUUUUUUUACUUAAUAUAAAUUUAUAUUGAAAAUAUUAAAUAUUUUUGCUUGA